CUCGACAUUACUCUGCUGUCCAUUUAGCUCCAAGCUCACGAGUCACCGCACACCCGCAGUGCCGCGGUAAGCACGUGAGGUCAGGCUCUCUCGCUACCUCACAGCUAUAUACGCGCAGCGCCUCUGCUCCGCUCACCCUCAACACGACCCCCUCACUCGCGAGCAGAGCAUUGCAAGGGGCGAGAGGGGAACGAGCGGCGGAGGCAGAGAAGAAGAAGGAGAAGGGGAGUGGGGCGGCCAUGGAGGGCGGCGGCAAGGCGGCACACCACCACGACACGGCCAGGCUGCUCAAGGCCAUCAGCCGCACCGUCGAGCCGCGCAACUUCGGCAUCGGCCUCGUCGCCGGCUUCCUCCUCGUCACCUGCGCCUACUUCUCCACCGCCAAGUUCGACGCCAUCCACAUCGCGCCCCACGUCAGCCCCCAGGAGGCCCGGAUUGGCUCGCCGGCGAGCGCGGCCGCCGUCGGCUCCAAGCGCCAAUUAGAUUUGGGGGUGCCGGGGCAGGACGCGGCAUUGUCCAGGGAGGGGAGCAAGGCCGAGGUGCUCGACACGGACGGCGACGACAGCAGGAGGACAUCCUCCUCCUCCCCGGCGCAAGAUUUGGUCCACGAUGCGUCGCUGCUGGACACGAAGAAAGACGACACCUUUGCGAGGGACGGCGAUGCGGCCGUGGAGGCCGCCAAGGACGAUGACGCCGCCACCGGCGCUCUUCUCCCUCCGCUGUCGUCCCAGGAACCGGCAAACGGCACGCAAGAGGAACAAGGUGUUCUUGAGGACCAGGAGCUGCAAGUGCAGGACGCCAUCGCCGCCGCCAGUUCUCCAAACAAGAGCAGCAGCAGCAGCGAUGGCGGCUCAGAGUCCGUCGUUCAAUCCGACCCGGCGACGCUUCCUGCUCCCGUCCAGCAGACUCCUCCUCCUGCCGUUCCAGAGGCUCCCAAGCAGGUGGCCACGGCUGCUCCGGUCCAGCAGAUUCCCCUCAUCCCAGAGGCUGCCAAGCAGCCAGGUCCGGAGGUGUCGACGGCGGCGAGGCGGGAGUGGAAGCCGCUGUGCGACCUGACGUCGAACCGGCGCAUCGACUGGUGCGAGCUGGACGGCGACGUGCGCGUCCACGGCGCCCAGGGCACGGUCACCCUGGUGGGCACGGCCAAAGCCGAGGAGUGGCGUGUCAAGCCGUACCCUCGCAAGGUCGACCCCAACGCCAUGCGCCACGUGCGCGAGAUCGCCGUGCGCUCCACCACGCUCCCCGGCGGUGACGAGGAGUGCGCGGUCAAGCACUCGGUGCCGGCGCUGUUGUUCUCGGACCGCGGGUACACGGGCAACUACUUCCACGCCUACACGGACGUGAUCCUGCCGCUCUUCCUCACGGCCAAGCGGUACGGCGGGGAGGUGCAGUUCCUCGUCUCCGACCUGCAGAUGUGGUGGAUCGGCAAGUUCCUCCCCGUCUUCAAGAGCCUCUCCAACUACGACCUCGUCGACCUCGCCGCCGACAACCGCACGCGCUGCUUCGCGCACGUCCAGGUCGGUCUCACCUGCCACGCCGACUUCAGCAUCGACCCGCUGCGCGCGCCCAACGGCUACUCCAUGGUCGACUUCACCAGGCACAUGCGCGGCACCUACGGCCUGCCCCGCGGCCUGGCCGUGCCCGCCGCCGGCGCCAGGCCGCGGCUCCUGCUCAUCGCGCGCGCCAGCACGCGGCGGUUCGUGAACGCCGACGAGAUCGUGCGGGCGGCGCAGAAGGUCGGGUUCGAGGUGGUGGUGUCCGAGGGCACGCACGAAGUGGCGCCGUUCGCGGAGCUGGCCAACACGUGCGACGCCAUGCUGGGCGUGCACGGCGCCGGGCUGACCAACAUGGUGUUCCUGCCCACGCGCGGGGUGGUGAUCCAGGUGGUGCCGCUGGGCGGGCUGGAGUUCGUCGCCGGCUACUUCCGGACGCCGUCGAGGGACAUGGGAUUGAAGUACCUCGAGUACCGGAUCUCGCCGGCGGAGAGCACGCUGACGGAGCAGUACCCGCCGGACCACCCCAUCUUCACCGACCCCGACGGCGUGAAGAGCAAGGGGUGGGAGUCGCUCAAGCAGGUGUACCUCGACAAGCAGGACGUCCGGCUCGACCUCAAGAGGUUCCGGCCGCUGCUCAAGAAGGCCAUCGCACACAUCAGAGCCAACAAGCUCCAGUGAACCAAUCACUUGAUCUUCUUUUAGUUAUGAUGAUGAUAUAUACCGGUAGUAGUGUGUAUGUAUCUAUAUGUGGCAGUGUAUGUAGUAGUCUAAGUCUAGCAGAUGAGAUGAGAUGAGAUGAGAUCGAUCCACACAACAAAAUUGUACGAUAUGAGAGGCAUGGCGAUCGGUUUGUAGAUGAGGUUCUGAGAGUAGCCGAAAAGUGUAGUGGCACAAGAAGUUAGAUGAUGGAUGUUUUUUUUUUCUCA